UAUUGUUCUGCCAUCCCUCCAUUCACUUCCUGGAGUAAUUGCUUCCCAAAUAUGUGAAGAUCCAAACAGAGCAACGCUCUGGACCUUUGACACAGGAGGCCACAGAAUACAUCACACCACAGCUAAAGUUCAUCUGCUGCAGCUCAACAUGUUUCUGUGGCAAUAUCUGGCUCCUUUCCUGCUGAUAACUGUUCAGCUAUGCAAAGCAUUUCCGAUUCAGAGAUGUGAGAAAUUCACAGAUCUAGGUCUCCAUCAUGCCAUCGUUGGCACUAGUACCAGAGUCAGGUUGCUGCUGUACACCAGGCAUAACGACAGCUGCGGUACUCUCCUGUCCCACACCAACCUGAUAGAACAUCCUCAGUUUAACUUGUCCAAACCAACCACCUUCAUCGUUCAUGGCUUUCGGCCUACUGGAUCUCCCCCUGCGUGGUUGGAGGACAUCACAAAGUGGCUGCUGGCCCGGGCAGACAUCAAUGUUGUGAUAGUGGACUGGAACAAAGGAGCUGCUAACCUUAAUUACCUUAAGGCAGUGGAGAAUACAUACAAAGUGGCAGAAAACAUCACAGCAUUCAUUAAAAUGAUGCAGGAUCAUGGUGCGUCUCCAAACUUGAUUCACAUGAUUGGAGUCAGUCUGGGAGCCCACAUUUCCGGUUUUGUGGGAGCCAAUCUGAAUAGCACAAUCGGAAGAAUAACAGCUCUGGAUCCUGCUGGGCCUAUGUUCACUGACAAACCUCCAAAAGACCGACUGGACCCCACAGACGCUCAGUUUGUCGAUGCACUGCACACAGACAUUGAUGCUCUGGGCUUUAGGGAACCGCUGGGUCACGUUGAUUUCUAUGCCAAUGGGGGAACAGAUCAGCCUGGCUGUCCAAAGACUUUGUUUUCUGGGGGUUCCUAUUUUAAAUGUGACCACCAGAGGUCAGUGAUGCUUUUUCUGGACACUAUAAAUGAUACAUCUCCCAGCCAAGCGUUUCCCUGUUCCACCUAUGCGGAUUUUCUGGAUGGAAGAUGCAUGAGCUGUGACCGCUUUGGUGAUGCUGGAUGUCCUGUCUUUGGUUAUGAUGUUAUACGGUGGAAGGAUGUCCUGAUUCAGCAGAACCAAACAAAAUACUACUUCAACACAAAUUCAGAGUCUCCUUUUUGCAUGACCAACUACAGAGUGGAUGUGAUGAUUUGGAAUCAGAACAUGCUUCGGGGAUACAUGGAUAUUAAACUCCAUAACGGCACUAAUGACGCAGUGGCAAAAAUUGAUCAUAAAGCAACGAAGUUCAGCAAGAACGCAGAGACCACACUGCUCGCUAUGUUCAAUAGAGAAAUUCAGUCUGUGAAAACGGUCUCUCUCAAAUACUACGCUGGAGCAGCAUGCCAUUCCAAAGGCAAGCUCCGGAUCCUCAGAAUCCGUAUCACGCCCCUGGAUCGCAAGGAGAGGCCUCUGUGUCGGUACGACGUAAUUCUUGAGAAUAAGCAAGAGGUCAAGGUCAGGCCUAUUCCAUGUGAAGAAACCCAGUCCUGAAAUCAAGCGGAACCUGAUCAAGAACUUUCAUGAUAUGAUAUAUAUAUAUAUAUAUAUAUAUAUAUAUAUAUAUAUA